CCUUUUCACUUUUUACAUAACCUUAUUUGAAGUUAACCUACAAAUUUUAUAUCACGAUUAUAUUUUUUAAAAUAUUUCUUAAAUUAAAAGGGUGCUUAUAUUUAAAUUACAGAUAUGGAUAACUUAUCUAGUUUAACAGGAGCCCAGAAAGAUGAACUUAUGGACCAAGUUAAACAACAAAUAGCAGUUGCAAACGCUCAAGAACUUUUGACGAAAAUGACUGAGAAAUGUUUUAAAAAAUGUAUAUCUAAACCAGGAACAUCUUUAGAUAGCUCUGAACAGAAAUGUGUCGCAAUGUGUAUGGAUAGGUAUAUGGAUUCGUGGAAUCUUGUUUCUAAAGCUUAUAGUAUGAGAAUUCAACGAGAAAGAACACAUUUGUAAGGCAUUUAAACUGUACAAAAUAAAAUGUUAAUCUGUUUUGUAAUCUUAGUCAUUUUUACUUACAUUAAGUAUUGUAUAUAGGCAUAUUUUAUUAUUUGCCUCCUUGUUUUAUUUAAUAUUAGCGAAUUUAAAUAAAUUUACAAUGUAUGA